ACUGCAUGAUGAGGAAAUGACAUCAGCGACAAGCAUCUCCGCCUUCGCAAGCUCUUAAGUUUGAAUGAACUCGCCAGGUAUGCACCCAUCACAAAAAAAGCCAAACACAGCCAAAAAGAAGGAUUUACUCAUAUCGUUUAUUCAAUGAUUUCCUGCAUAACAAAGGGCGUUGCACGCGCGCAAGGUUCACGUCCCUACCAAGAAGACAACUUUGCCAUCGCAGACGAAACAUUUGACAAGAGCGGCUUCGCACUCUAUUCUGUGUUUGAUGGACAUGGUGGAGGGGCGGCAUCUAAACAUGCGGCGCAGAACCUUCCAAAAAUCAUUGUCAAUUCCGAGGCAUUCAAAACUGGGGUAUACGAUCGGUCACUCCAAGAAGCGUUCCUGGCAGAAGAUAAACGUCUUGCGGAAGAGUUGGGUGCAGAGGGACGGGGAGGUACAACCGCUACCGUGGCGCUCAUAGCCCAAAACCAGUUGUUUGUUGCCAAUGUCGGAGAUUCGACAGCUGUAUUUGGCGCGACAGGAUGGAACAGGGAAUUAUCAUGCUGUGAGAUUGAGCAAGGAACACAAGGUGGAUGAUGAGGCUGAGGCAGCGAGGUUGGAUGAGGCGAGCGCCAAAGUAAAGAGGGAUAGAGUUGUUGGACCGGGUCAUGCUAUUAACAUGACGCGAGCGUUGGGGGAUUUUGAUUUUAAGUUGCCUACCAAUGGUGCAAGUGCAGAUUGGAUUUCUCCGGUUCCUCACAUUACGCAAACAACCUUGUCCCCCGCCGACGAUUUUUGUAUUAUCGCCUCUGACGGACUCUGGAACCAUCUCGACGAGUUCCAACUUAUACCCAUGAUUGCGGAAAUGAGGAAUAAAGGCAAAUCCCCUCAACAGAUUUGUGAUGAUUUUGUUAAAACUUUAGGACAGGUUAAAGGAUCGGACAAUAUUACUUUUAUUUUACUUGAUUUCAAAUGGGGGGAAGAAUAGAGUAGAUUUGAAUAAAUAAGAGAUUUCGUUGUAGGCUUUGCAUUUAUUUUGUUCAUGGCUGCCCAAUGCCGGAACGCAGGAAUGACAUGCUGCAGACCAUAC